AUGCUCAUUCCUUUCAUUUCCGCUUCUCAUGUUUCUUCCCUCUAUAAAUUGAACUUGAAUCCCCAGGUUGCGCUUGACUUUUCUUUCUGGAUUUCGCGGAAGCCUGGGUUCAAACACAGCGUAGAAUCGUAUUUUUCUUUGGUAAAUUUGUUAAUUGGGAGUAAUUUUGUUGAGGCGGGUGAAAAAAUUGCUUCUUUUAUGUUUAAAUCUUGUCAUUCUGCGGAAGAUGUUGGUGUUGCGUUAGAUUUUGUAAGGAAAAUAAAUGACGGCGAUGGCGAAUCUAAGUUUAAGCUUCGUGUUAAGGGUUAUAAUACAUUGUUGAUGUUGUUGGCGAAGUUUUGUUUGGUUGAUGAAAUGAAGUGGGUUUAUUCUGUAAUGUUGAAGAACACGAUUGUUCCCGAUAUAUAUACUUUUAAUGCGAUGGUUAAUGGGUAUUGUAAGGUGGGAAAUGUUCUAGAGGCCGAGUUGUAUGUGAGUAAGAUUGUGGAGGCGGGUUUGAGACCUAAUACGUUUACUUUUUCGUCGUUGAUAUUGGGGCAUUGUAGGAAAAGGGACGUAGAUAGCGCAUAUAGGGUGUUUACGGUGAUGCCAAUAGAGGGUUGUCGAAGAGAUGAGUUUUCGUAUACAAAUCUAAUACAUGGUCUUUGUGAGGCAAAACAGGUUGACGAGGCUAUAAAGUUGUUUAAGAAAAUGAGUGAGGAUGAUUGUUGGCCUACUGUGACAACUUACACGGUGAUUAUUAGUGGGUUAUGUAAAUUAGGUAGGAAAUUGGAAGCAUUGAGAUUUUUUAAUGAGAUGUCUGAGAAAGGGUGUAAGCCUGAUGUGCAUACUCACACGGUGUUGAUUGAUUGUUUGUGUAAAGAGAAUAAGCUUGAUGAUGCAAGGAGGUUGUUGGAUGGGAUGCUGGAGAAUGGGUUGGUUCCAAGUGUGGUCUCGUAUAGUGCAAUGAUUAAUGGGUAUUGUAAGGAAGGAUUGAUGGAGGCUGCAUUCGAAAUUUUGGGCUUAAUGGAGUCAAAUAAUAUCAGUCCAAAUGCUAGGACAUACGGUGAAUUGAUUUAUGGGUUCUGUAAAAAGAAAGAUGUACACAGGGCAAUGGCUCUACUUAAUAAAUUGCUUGAGCGCAAGUUGUCGCCAAGCUUGAUUACCUAUAAUUUGUUAAUUCAUGGACAAUGUAGAGCGGGUCAUUUUGAUACUGCUUAUCGGGUGAUUGGUUUGAUGAAAGAGUGUGGUCUAGUUCCUAAUCAGUGGACUUAUAGCGUUUUCAUAGACUCUCUUUGUAAAAGAGGGAGUUUGGAAGAAGCUCAUAUAAUGUUUGAGUCUCUCAAGGAGAAAGGCAUAAAGGCAAAUGAAGUGAUAUAUACUGCUUUGAUUGACGGGUACUGUAAGGCUGGGAAAAUAGAAAAUGCGCAUUCUUUGCUUGAGAGAAUGCUUAUUGAUGACUGUUUUCCAAACUCAUACACUUUUAAUUCCUUGAUACAUGGGUUAUGCAAAGAGAAGAAGGUGAAGGAAGCAUUGUCGUUGGAAGAAAAGAUGGUGAAGAUGGGAGUGCAUCCCACGGUUCGCACUUACACAAUUCUCAUUGAAGGAUUAUUGAAGGAUGGAGACUUUGACCAUGCUCAUAGGCUUCUAGACCAAAUGGUUUCCUCUGGAUAUAAACCUGAUGUAUUCACAUAUACUGCAUUUAUUCAGGCAUAUUGCAGCACAGGGAAAUUAAACGAGGCUGAGGACUUGAUGGUCAAAAUGGAUGAAGAAGGAAUUGUGCCAGAUUCAGUGACUUAUACUUUACUGAUUCGUGCAUAUGCCAAUUUGGGACUGGUAUAUUCUGCGUUUGAUGUUCUCAAGCGCAUGUUUGAUGCUGGUUGCGAGCCUUCUCAUCAUACAUAUGCCUUUUUAAUCAGCCAUCUCUCAAAGAAAAAGUGGAUGAAGGAAAACAGUGAUGUAAUGGGGCUUUAUUUGGUUUCAAAUGUCACGUUUGUUGAAGCUGCUGAUGUGUGGAAGAUGAUGGAAUUUGACACUGCAUUGGAGCUGUUUGAGACAAUGUUCAAACAUGGAUGUGCACCUAAUGUUAACACAUUUGGAAAGCUCAUCAUAGGACUUUGCAAAGUAGAGCGCUUGGCUGUAGCCCAGAGGUUAUUUGAUUACAUGAGAGAAAGAGGAAUAUCUCCGAAUGAAGAUAUUUAUAAUUCUCUUCUCAAGUGUUGCUGUGGAUUGGGAAUGUACGAGGAAGCUGUGAGACUGGUGGAUGCUAUGAUCGAACAUGGUCACUUACCACAUCUGGAGUCCUAUAAGCUGCUUCUUUGCGGGCUAUAUGAUGAACGGAACAUAGAGAAGGCAAAAGCGGUUUUUCAUAACUUGCUUGAUUGCGGAUAUAAUAAUGAUGAAGUAGCUUGGAAAAUUUUCAUUGAAGGCUUGCUUAAGAAGGGCUUUGGUGAUGGAUGUUCAGAACUGCUAAGCAUCAUGGAAGAGAAGGGUUGUCAGGUUCAUCCUCAAACAUAUUCAAUGUUAGUUGAGGGACUUGAUGGAAUAUAAGAUGUCAAUUCGAGAUAUUGUUUCUACUUCAACUCUCAUUGUCUAUAGGAAAAGGCUUUUGCCUGUCCUUUUCUGUGGAUGGUGUGGCUAAUUGCACAUAGAAGUACACCAGAUCAUUUUGGAACACAAUCUCUAUGAGGGGGCAACUGUUCUACGUGAAUCAUGAACACUUGAAGAUAUUGAAAGCUGAUUAUAGAAGUGACACCAUGCAAAUUAUGCAAAUUGCAGCCACAUCCAGAGGCAAGUGACAGCAUCUCAAAUCUCUUUCUGCAAAACUUUAUGCCAUUUGUUUUGCUCUUUUCUCUCUAACCUUUCUGAUUGAUUUCAUUCUUCAAUAAAAUGUUGCCGAUGUAUUGACCUUGAGUUACUUGGUAAUCUCUCUGUAUCAUUAUGGUAAAGUUUGUGUACGAGGCUGAGCAAAGAUUAAUGAAAUGUUACUGAUGCAUUGACCUUGAAUCACUUUGAUAAUCUCUCUAUAUCAAAAUGUUAAGUUUUUUACAUUUGUCUUUUCCUUUCCAGUUUUGGCGGUUAACAGCUUUUGCUCUUGGUAUCUUGUUCCUGAAAAUUUUGCUGGAAGAAGUAGGGGUGUCAACCGAGCAAGCAGCUUGCAAGUCGGCUCGUUAAAUACUCAAACUCGGCUCAUUUAUAAUCAAGCCGAGCCAGCUCG